AUGCACUCGAAGAGGCUUACCACUGAGCCUCCAUGUAUAACAGAAGAAGUGUUUGAAGAGUGCUUAGCCACAGAUGAUAUACUUGUGGACUACUUCAACGAAUUUUUGAGUCUUCCGACUUUUACCCAGACAGUCAAGUUUAACUCUGACUUUGGGGUUUUUGAAGUAGUUAAUGAUGCCGCACAAUGUCUGGAAAGCCAGCUGAAAAAAAUUCUACAUGAUCAGAAGCCUUCAAACCCCAUUUAUGAUGUUCUAAGGAAAGCAAAGAAUGAUGGGCAGCUCUCCAAAAUGUGCACAACUUCUCCAAACUUCAAUAUUGAUCCAAAUUACAACACUAUGUGUCUUGAUCAAGAACAAGCAAUUGAGUGGAUUAAGAAAGAAAGGCUUCCAGCAUUUCUAGAAAGUGACUGCUACUUUGAAUACAGAUUAGCUAAAUUGCUAUCACAGGUAGAAUGGAGCAAAACUGGCAUUAAUUUCAUUAUAGAUAGUGACUACUAUCCCUGGAUAAGGAACCAAGAGCCGAAUACGCCCCAUCUCGAGGAGGAAGACCCUUUGUUAUCUAUGAAGAAGUUCUGUGUAUCACUUGGCCAGGCUACAGCUUCUCAGACAAAGGAUCAGUUAGUAAAACAAAGUGAAUCCAGAGAAAUUACAAAUUCAUUUAUGCAUCCUGUAGCUUCUGGUCAAAUGCAAGAUACUCAGUGUUUGCCUUGGGAGCAGGAAAGAGCUGAUUGUUUAAGUGAAAAAGACAACUUUCUGGGUAAGACAGCAUCAGCAAAAGGUGACAUUACUAGGAAGAGAUCAGAGGAGAGUUCUUCUGUGGCCAUUGUUGAGUCUCCUUCCCACACUCAGCUAAGAGUUUAUCUAGAGCCAAAGUGGGACAAUGCAGCAAAAGAAGAAAAUGAGCAGGGAAGUACAACUUUUCAGACACUGGAAGAAUUCGUACCAGCUUAUACUCAAUUUGUAAUGAAGAAACCUGUUUCAGAACUGACUCACCAGCCAGCUGCUAACAUCACUGUCUUGGACUACAAGGGAGAUGUAAGAGAAAGAGAUACUGAAGAAGUAAGCUUACAAUCAAGUUCUGAAAGCGAUGGGGCAGAUAGUAGGGCUGCCUGGUGUAUUAGUCACAGGACUUAUGACAUUGGUAACAGACAUGAAUUUGAGAGAUUCAAGAAGUUCAUUAAAGGAACACUUGGGGAGAGGUACUGGUGGCUCUGGAUGGAUAUUGAAAGACUAAAGACUCUUAAGGACACUGCAAGGCAGAAAAGGCAACUCAGUAAGAUGAAAAAACUGUAUCUGGUGAGCAGUGGAGACUAUUUCCUCAGUUUGGAAGUGUUACUCAGACUUGACCUACUUCAUGGAGAUCAGUGGAAUGCAAGGCAUUUAAGACAGAUUCAGCCUGAAGUAGUGAAGCCUUUACUUCUUUACUGGGGUCCUAGAUUUUGUGUCACACAUUCAACAGCAAUAGAAGCUGCCAGUGCAAAAUUGAAGCUCUGGCACACGUACCAAGAAAGACCAAGGGUGGACAUUGAUCCUUUUCCACAAAUAGUAUCAUUGCUACCAUUGACACCUAAGUCUGACACGCCCAGGACACCAUCUUCCCUUCCUCAGAGAUCAUCAAGAUUAUCACCUACCCUGCCGUCAAUUCAGAGUCCCCAAAGGGAUGACAUUUCUAGCAGUAAAAAGUGGUCAAAGUCAGUGAACAGAGACAUGGUUCAGUGCUUAUCUUCAGAUGACACAGAAGACUUGAAAUACCAGGCUGGUAGAAAGUACACCUAUGCUGAGCUGCUCCCAGGGAAAAGCGCUGUUGAUAGUGUUGUCAUAGGGGGAUCAAGAAUGGAAACCAUGCUUCAAUCUCUUUAUUUGGAGAACAGAGCAGGCUACUACUUCACACAUUUCUGUGAGAAGUCAGGGAAUAAGUUGUGGAAGAACAGUGCGUACUUUUGGUUUGACCUACAGGCUUAUCACCAGCUUUUCCACCGAGAAACUCUUCAUCCUUUUAAAAUACGCGAGCAGGCUCAAUUCCUUUAUGCAACUUAUAUUGCCCCAUCUGCCAGUAUGGACAUUGGACUUCAACAGAGUGAGAAAAACAUGAUUUAUCAGAAAAUUGACCCAGCUUUUGAGGAUCUUUUUGACCCAGCAGAAGAAUAUAUCCUCACAGUUCUGCUAGAACCAUGGAUGAAGAUGGUGGAAGCAGACAAAGAUACUUAUGGAACGGUGGAGUUGGUGGAAGAAACUCGACAGCUGGACUCCAUGUACUUUAGAAAGCUCCAGGCUUUGCAUCAAGAGAGUGAUUCCAAGAAGGAUGAGAGUACUGCUGCUGACACUGGUCUGCCAUCCUGCCCUGAUGCUCUCAAAGAAGAUCAGCACUUGUGUCAAGUCUCAAAAGAAUUGGCAGUUCAUGUUCUAUCUGACCUGAUCCACAACAAAGAGAAGUUAGAUCGGUUCUGGGCUUUUCUUAAUAAACGUUCCGCUGGCAUGGAUCUCAUGUGCUGGCUAGAUAUUGAACAGUUCAGGAAGAUGCUCCACGUGGACAAAGAAAAAAGGGAGGAAAAAUCUAAGGACAUUAAAAACAAGUACUUAAACAAAAUGUACUUCUUUGGACCCAACAGCCCAGCUACCAGAGAGCAACAAGAACAGCUAAUGCAUUCAGGUGGAGGACGGGGACAAAUCCCUCACGAUCAGCUUUCGGCAGCAGUUCUGCUAGAAAUUCAGCGAUGCGUCCAGAAGAGAUUAGAAAAACAAUGGCUGCCAUUGUUCCUGGCAGAUGAACACCAUGGGGCAGAGGGACAAGCAAAGCAUGUGGACUAUAAGUGGGUUUCUUCAUCUAGUGAAAUAAUUGCUUUCCGCAAAGCACUGUUGAAUCCAGUGACAGCGAAUCAGUUUCAGCUUUUUGUGUCACUGAAAGGAGACCUACUGGAGAACGGAGUGCUCUUUUGGCAAGAAGUACAGAAAUAUAAGGACUUAUGCCAUUCUCAUUGCAAUGAUGCCACAGUCCAGAAAAAGAUCACGGCUAUUAUUGACCGCUUUAUUAAUUCCACUGUACCCCCAGCUUUGCAGAUUGACAUCCCAACUGAACAAGCAAAGAAGAUUUUGGAGCACAGGAAAGAACUAGGGCCUUACAUUUUCAGAGAGGCACAGAUGACUAUUUUUGCUCUUCUGUUUAAAUUUUGGCCAAAAUUUUGUAAGUUUCGAAGCAAUUUGGCUAGUGACAAAAUUCUACUUGCCUUGGAGAGAAAAAAGGGAAAAAAGAUGAAAAAGAAGGGAGGCAAAACACCAGAGAGUGAAGAAGUGGGGACAAAACUGUCAAGCAGUGCUUUGGAAGCACAUGAGAUUGGUGUGGAGAGAGGACUGGCAUCGUCUUCUGAUGGACAUGAGUGGCAGGCUUCCUGGUCCUAUUCCAAGUACAUAGAAGCCUUGGAGCAAGAAAGAAUACUCCUUAAAAUGAAAGAAGAUAUGGAGAAAACCUCAUCAUCGCUCCUUACAGAUACCUCAUCAAUGUCCUUCUCAAAGCCUGGAAACUCUGAAAAAUCCACCAUUUCUCCAAAGCGUGGUGUGGUUUUGAAGAAACACUCAAAUCUUCAGAAGAAAUAG